AUGUCUGAAGAAAACGACAACGGGGCUCCAAUGAACAACGAAAAAGACAAUUUGGUGUCGGAAGAGCAAGAAGUGACACAAGAAACCACUGGGAACAAAAAUGAAAAGCAAGAUGAUUCUCGCAACGAAAUCCUUGAAAAUAUGCUCAAAGCUGUUCUGGAUAAACAGAAAAAUCUCGUCGAUGAGCUCCGUUCCGUCAAAAGCGAGCUUCAAUUGAUUCGAGACGAUUUGAAACCAAAAUCCGUGAUCGCAGCAGUUUCGAAUGAAACGGAUGAUGAAGAUGAAACAGAUUCAGAAUCUGAAAAUGAGAGUGCUACCAUGACGACUACUGGAAAAUACUUCGUGCUAAAACAUGACUUCAAGAAUGUCUCAAGUUUUAAGAAUUUGGAAAAGAUUUACAGUGAGAAAGAAGAACAUUUUGGUGUCCCUUGGAGGAUUCUAAUCCAGAGAAACACGGAGAAAGAACAUUUUGGAAUUUUCUUGAGCUGUGCUGCGGAGAUGGAUGAUCAAAAAAUGUCUUUUGACGUUGUAUUUGAAACCAAAAUCAUGUCAAACAGUACAAGAAAGUGGAGUAAAAAAACAAGCGGAGAUUUUCAAAAUUCAAUACCUAAGAAUGAAAUGGGUCCUGAAUUAAUUGAAUGGGCGGUGUUGGAAAAAGACUAUCUUGUGGAUGACCAAUUGACUGCUGAAAUUCACGUGAGAAUCAAGAAAACAGCUGGUAUUUAUAAAGAUAAUCUGAGAAGUUUCGACGAGACAAUGGAAGAAUUCUCAGAUGUUGUACUUGUUGUCAAUGAAGAGAAAUUCUACGUUUCAAAAUUGUAUUUAGCUGCUCACUCUCCAUAUUUCAAGGCCUUAUUUUUGGGAAAUUUCAACGAUUCGAAGAAAUCGGAAAUCAAACUGACUGGAAUCGAUGAUGAUGACUUCCAGAAAUAUCUCGAAGUUCUUUAUGGAGAAAGUGCAAUCGAUGAAUUCACAGCAGAAGGUAUCCUCAUGGUGGCUGACAUGUACGACACUCCACUGGUGAUUCGGAAAUGCGAAGAGUUUUUACUCGAAAAAUCAAAGAAAUCAUUGAAGAAGAACUUGGAUUUGUCUACUCGAUACAAUUUGGAAGGACUCAAGGAACAAUGCCUCGACAAGAUCAAAUCAGUCGCUGAUAUCCGAUCCGUCAUACCAGGAGAUAUUCGUGAACUGGAUCCAUCGAUUAUGUCUGAACUUCUCAAAAAAUCCCUCGCACUUCACGAUCCUCCUCAAUGA